CCUCUUUUCACAAGGCCACUUAGCCUCGUAUAUAUUUUUGUUAUGUGUAAGCAGUCUUUACAACCGUUACUCUGACCGGAAACCAGCUCAUUUCUGGCUAGCUUUCUGUGUAUGCAAUGGGCGCCAUUCUUCAAAUGCGCUUUAAUAAACAACCAUACAAUAUCAAUACCUUCUUGUGUACACAGCGAAUGUCCACCAUCGGCUGAGUACCUACGGGUCCUAGCUAUUAGCCAGCUAUGGCCUAGAGUAUAGGGAGGUUAUUGGGCCUUGAACAAGUGUAGAAAUGAGAGCAGCCCAUUCUUAGUGCGCAAGCUUGUCGAAUUGCGCACGUACAGUAAGCAAGCGCAGCCAAUGGUUCUAUGCUGCUUUUGCUCGCCGGUAGACCAUGAGGACACCAUUCUUACUACACUUUCGGCCUCGCCACCUAGCCAAGCCAGGAGUAGGGUUGUGCCUGCUGAUGUACCAGCAGGCGACUCAAAGCGUGGGCAACUGCUGACGUCUUCCCAGCGCAUUGCCAGCAAUGCUGGCGGCAGCAGCAAGAAGGGCGCUGCUGCGGCCCAUGCCGCCGGCUACCAGGACACGGACUUGGAGGAGCUCAUGGCCAGCCGCAGCAUGCUUUCCGGGCUGUUCUCCAAGCCCUCCUUCUCGGCCUCCGUCACCGGACCCACCCCGGCGUUCACGCUAGCCUCCCAAUCCUCAAAGCUAGGAGCGUCCAGCGGCGCCGGUGGCGGCGCCGGUAGCAGCUUCAUAGGCGCGAAGGCGGCGGCAGCUUCCGGAAACUCCUUCACAUCCCGUCUGUCAGGACUGGGCUUGGGCGGCAGUUGGAAGAAACCAGCUGCACAGAAGACGGCCAAGAAGCCGCUGCGCGGCAAGGCAGGAGGAAGCAGCGAAGGCGGCGAUAGUGGGGAGGAGGAGGAGGAUGGGGAGGGCGACGGCGCGGGGUCGGAAGGCGAGGAGGGCGGGAGUGACGGUGACGGAGGGGCUACUGAUGACGAGGGCAAGCGACAGGCUCAAGCAGCAAUAAGGGAGCACUUGAAGAAAGUGCAGCCCAAGAGGGGAAUCCUCAAGAAGGCCAACACCGCGCUCGACGCCGCAGCGGGCGGCGACGAGGAGGCCCUCAUGCGCAUCGCAUCCGCCCUGGCGGGGGUGUCGCCCUUUGCCCGGCCCGGCUUCGCACCCAUCGUGCCUAGCAGCGGCAGCAACAUCAACAACAACAGCAUGCGUGACGUCAGCACCAGAGCCGGCGGCGCCGCCACCGCCGCCACCGCUCCGCCGUUUUCCCUAACGCCCUCAACGCUCAGUGUGGGCCAGGUGGUGCUGGAGGCUGGCGGCAGCGUGGGUGGCGGCGGCCUCGUCGCAGCGGGAGGCUGGGUGAAUGACCCAGAUGGUGUCGGUGCCGGUGCCGGUGUUGGCCCACCUGGCGGCUCGUCAGCCGUAGCUCCCUCGUGUGACGGCGGCGAGGCCGGCGGGGGUUCAGACGCAGCGAGCAAGCAGCUGACGCGAGGGGUGAGCUGCUCUCUAGGUAGCAGCGGCGUCAGCAAUGCCGUACGGUUCAUGGCUGGCGGCAGCGGUGCAGCGUUGCGGUUUAAGAGUGGUUCUGCCAGCGGCGGCGGAGGUGCCGGCGGCCCUACGGCGGCGGCGGCAUCGUCGACGUCGCGACUGGCCGCCGGCAGUGGCAUGGGCGGUGGUUACAACGACGACGGCAAUGGCGGCGGUCAUCCUGCUUCCGUACUGGCGUCGGGCGGCGAUGCCUUUGCCGCGCGUUCCGCUAGGUUUGGUUCCCGCCUAGCUCCAUGUAUUGACGAGGAGUGCGGCUCAGAAACAGUUGUCGCCGCACGGCACCUGUCGUUGACGUCUCGCCAGCUCCGGCCGCCACCGCCGAUGGCGGCGGCGGCGCUGCUGCUUCCCGUCGCGUACUCCUCCUGCGAUGCCGGUACGAAAAUACCCCCCGAAGCGGCACCGGACUUCCCCUUCACCACCAUUUCCGCGACGCCUGCUUUGCAGCCCUCGCCGUCCGCCCCCAUGCCGGCAGGCCCCACCUCCGCCGUCUCCGCCUCCGCCAACAGCAACGCCGGCAGCCGCGCCCGUCGGAAUGAGCUGACGGCUGCGAAGCGGGAGGACAUACUGCGCAGCUUGCCGCCCGGCAAAUCGCCCAUGUGGUAUGCGCACAAGCUAAGAGAGAUACUGGGCACCAACGAAGGGGACGAUGACGGCGCUAGCGGCGGCGGCGACUUUGCCGUACCGCCAGCCGGCAGCAGCGGCGGCGGCGGCGGCGGCUUUUCAAAGGCCCCGCCGCCCAUGAGGGGGCCCUCAAGGCUCUUCACGGGCACGGGGCCAGGAGUCACCACCCAGACAACAACCGGGGUCGGAGCGUCCGUGUGUGGGUCGCCGCUGCUGCCCCUGGCCCCCGCUGCCGCCGGUGCCCCGGCCAUUCAGGGCUCCGCCGGUGGGAUGCCGGGUGUGUCGUCUGAGGCCUCGGUCCAUGGCGUGAUGGCGGAAUCCUCCGUUCAUCGCCGCACCACCAGUAGAGCUCUUCUGGCUGCUGGUCCCGGCUCCCUGCGACACAUGGCCGACCCCACCUCCCUCACCUCCGCCGUCGGCAGCACCGCCGGUGGCCGCGUCAAGACCACAGACAUGUACGGCAAUGGCGGCAGCGGCGGUUGGGACUGCUACAGCCCUGCAUCUCCCCAGCCGCCGCCGCUGCCGGGUAGCCUCCUGGACACCCGAGAGGAUCAGGAUCUGGGCACCCCGGGUUCAGGCGCUUCGUCACCGGCCCGGUUCGGAAGCACUGGCACCGCAGGGAGUCGGCUUUUUCCGCGGCGAGCCGUCGGCGGUGAUCCCGUCAACGCCGCGACGGAUGGGCUUGGCGGCGGCGGCGGUGGCGGCGGCUCCAAGUCGGAGGCCUUAUCCAGGUUGCGUCAGGCGAGUAGGUUGUACGACAACCUAGCCUCCAUCACGACCGCCUCCGCCUCCACCUCCGCCGCCAUCCCUGCACGUCCGUUGGAUACGUCUCAGCAGUUUUAUGCGCGCGGGCUGGCUUGAAGGGUUUAGGGCAACUGUGGUGGAGGCGGAGGUGCGAAUUAAUGGAAUUUGUUUGGUACGACAAGGAUUGCAAAAUUGGCGGUUGUCGCCGCUAUAGAGCUUUUUAUGAUCUUGGCAGCGGUGUCACCGGUUUACCGGUAUAAUAAUCGUCGAGGAGCAGCACACGCUGGCGUCGAUAAGGAAUUGCAACACAUGCGACGAACUUAAUGGUAUGAACUUAAUGCCAGGCCCCUGCGGCCUGGGCGCCUCUUUCGUCUUUUGCUAGAGGCGUCAGUACGACAAAGGCAGGAAGUAGGUGCCUUGGGCGGAUACCACGGGCGCUAUGUCCUGCGUUACAGGCAUGCCGCUGCGGCCUGAGGUACAGGUUUAGUGGGUACUGCUACUCACCUUGUGUUGUGUUGGGUUGCGCGUGUGCUGGGCUUUACAUGUGCGGAGUACGACAGAGGCAGACAGUUAGUUGUCGUGGUUUCAGUUGGCGGUUCUAGUUGGUGGUUUUAGUUGUCAGGCUGUGCGUACGACACAUGAAAGUACCGUCCUUCGUAGGAUUUUGUGCAUAUGCCCCGGAACUGCACCUCCGGGAAUAAUUAUUUCGUAACAGUAGCAAAUGCAGGAGAGGCGGCAGCGAUGGUAUUACGUGGUCCUGUUCUUUUUCGAUGUGGAUUGUUACAGAGAUAAAGAUGGGAGACAAACUGUUACUUGCCAUGCCCUUGGGACUUUCCGUUUCGCCAGGGCCGUCAGGCCUGCCGACAUUGUUGGGCAUACCUUUCGAUUGGUUUGUGGCGUGACUUGAUGUGGUGUUCCAGGGAUAGAUUUGCUAUUCAGGCUGCAUUCCCACUAUUGCUCCCGUUGUUGGGAGGUUGAUGCUGUCAUUAGUACCGGCAACCGAACACUGCGUUCGGAACCACUCUCGCAAAUCUUUCAUGCGCCAGGAAGAAAGUACGGAAGAGGCUGCACGCGGUACCGAUGUAUAUGGGCUGCACGUUAAGGCCUGUUGUCGUACUGCCUGGCGUGUCGUACUUGCAUUGUACGGCAAUUGGUGUCGUGAUUCACGCUCUUCGUACGUCUCACGGUCGUGCAUCGAAUCCUGUACGACGGAAGGUCCCCGUGCUGAUAGCAUUUACGUGUUAUAAUAACUCUGUGCAUAUAUAUAACGGUUACGAGGUAUCUAUCUAAGGUAUUUUGCGCAUAUCCGAAAUGUUGUACGAUAUGCCGAUUGCCGUGAAGUACGGGUCGUAUAGUACGACAUUUGCAGCACCGUGAGGCUGUACAUCGCCGCACUUACCGGGUAUCCAUGUCACAGGUCUACAACCGGACGCCGCUGUUUUGUCACACACUGAUGCUGCGGCGCUGAAGCGUGUAUGUACGUUCCUGUGUCCCGGGAGUUUGGGAAUGACAUGCUUCUCGCCUACCUUCACGCUUUACCUCGUUGCAUAUCGACCGCUGCUGCUUGCAUUACCACUAUAGUCGUAUUGUGUUGGGGGGCCGCAGCUUUUGGGGGCUGCUGAGCUGGUCUUCGGGCAGGGUGUUGGGUAGUUGAGGAUUGCAUGGCAACGUUUCUUGCGCUGGUGAAGGUGCAGGAGAGUAAGUAAGAAGGUACUUGAACCCAGGUG